AUGAGUGCUUAUUUUCUCAAAACAUUUUGUGUUUUUCUCCUGUUUUCUUUGCUUGCCUCUGGAACUAGUGUGGCAUUGAAGAACUCAAGUGAAAGUGGUGAAGCAAAGUGCAUAGAGAGAGAGAGGCAAGCACUCCUCAACUUUAAAGAAGGCCUCAUAGAUGACUUUGGUAUACUCUCCACCUGGACCAACCAUCACAAUAAUACGGAUUGCUGCAAAUGGAAACGCAUUCUCUGCAACCAUCAAACUGGUCAUGUACAUCUGCUUGAUCUUCAUGGAAACUACUACUAUACACCGUAUUUGCGAGGUACAAUCAAUGUCACUUCAUUGAUUCACUUGCCGUAUAUUCAACAUCUGGAUCUCAGCAAUAAUUAUUUUGUAAUGAGUUACAUCCCAGAGUUCACGGGCUCCUUCACCAACUUAAGAUAUCUUGAUCUCUCCCAUUCUUCUUUUGGAGGGAGGAUUCCUCCUACACUUGGAUAUCUCUUACAACUACGCUAUCUAGAUCUUGGGGAUAAUAUUCUCUGGGGAGAAAUUCCCUUUCAGAUAGGGAAUCUCAAACACUUAGAGUAUCUCGAUAUUGGAGGAUUUUAUCUUUCUGGAAAAAUCCCAUACCAAAUUGGGAAUCUCAUAAAGUUACAAUAUCUUAGUCUUGGAAGUAACACUCUUCUAUAUAGAAGGAAUAUGGAAAACUAUGCUUCAAAUUGCCUUUCUGGAGCAAUCCCUUUUCGAAUGGGGAAUCUUCCAUUGCUGCAUACUCUUCGACUAAGCGGCAAUUUUGAUAUAAAAGAUACGGAUGCAAAAUGGUUGUCUACUCUCCAUUCCUUAACCAUUCUUGAGUUGAGUUCACUGCAUAAUCUUAGUUCCUCUCACCAGUGGCUACAAAGUAUAAGAGAGCUCAUUCCAAAUUUGAGCGAGUUGAGGCUAAUUAAUUGUGAUCUUUUGGAUAAUGAUGUUCAAUCUUUAUUUCAUUCUCAUUCUUCCAACAAUUUCAUUUCACUUAACAUCCUAGAACUAUCUUCUAAUACCUUGACAUCAUCAACACUUCAAUUUUUGUUUAACUUUAGCUUUCAUCUUCAAGAGCUUGAUCUUUCUCACAACAAUAUAGCUUUGCCACCUUAUCUAUGUUCAAAUUUUCCAUCUCUAAAGGUUCUCGAUCUCUCUUAUAAUAAUCUAUCAUCAUCAAUGUUUCUAGGUAAUCUUAAUAUCAGCUCCAAACUGCAGGAGCUUCAUCUUGUAAAGUGCAGUAUUAUGGAUAGAAGCUUCACCGUUUCACCUAGUUCUACAAUGAAUUCUACGUCUUCUCUUCUCUAUCUCAAUCUAUCUGCUAACUUGCUAAAAUCAUGUUCUAUAUUUCACUGGCUUUCUAACUUCACUGCCAAUCUUCGUAUCGUUUACCUUGAUUAUAAUUUCUUGGAAGGUCCUAUUCCAGAUGAAUUUG